AUGAACCGUCUACCAGUUAGCGUACCUCUGGCCCGCGCGGGGCGCGCGAUGUUUACAGGCAGGUGGGCAGCAAAGGUGGAGGCUUGUGCGAAGGUGAUGGGAAGCCAGAUGCUCAACCGCUCGUGCCGGCUGGUGAGGGAUACUUCAUGCAGCCGGUGUCUGAGCACCAUGCCCGCGCGCAGCGCGGGCGGCUCGCUCUCGCAGCUGAGUUUUGAGCAGCUGUACCAGUUACGCUCCAACCUAGAAAUGCUGAUCCAGGACUACGCCAAGCGCGAGAUACCGCGGAUAACUUACGAGUUUCUUACCGAGUACGUGCCACCGCUUUCAGACAACGAGCGGUUCAUGUUGAGCAUCAAGGUACUGAACAUGCUAUUGACGUAUACAUGUAGGCGGCUGCUUGCCCUGCAGCGUCUGCCGUAUAUUGCAGUAAUAAACCCGAACAUCGAGGAGUCCAACCGGCUUUACCUCAAGACACUGGAGUCUCUGCUGGCAAUUGAGCUGCCGUAUGGUCUGCAUGACCAUGCUGCGAUGCGUGAGAAACUGAUCACGUUCUUGGAUGACCAUGGCGACACGCUUGUGACGCUCUCGAAGGGCUUCGAGGAGAUCAUGGACUUCUACCCGCAGCAGAAGGUGUUUGAUUUCCUGAAUAUACACUUGCGUGACCGCCUGUCGAUGAAGCUGCUGGUGACGCAUUACCUGCGUCUGGUCGAGCAGAGCUCUGGCGCGGACUGUAUCGGCGUUUUGGAUAAGAGGUUGAAUAUCGCGGAGCUGGUGAAGCGCACCGAGGAAUUCGUCGGGGACCUGACGUUCGUCAAGUACGACCGGAUUGUGCCCGUGAAUAUCCUCGAAGGCCACGAUGUUACGUUUGCUUGCAUUCCGCAGGACCUCGAGUAUGUGCUCCAGGAGAUCCUCAAGAAUAGCGCCAGGGCGCACAUUGAGAACCACACUCCCAGCAAUUACUCCGCCGAGAAGCCCAUCGAGGUUACGAUAGUGCGGUCCUACGAGGACCUUGAGAUCCGCAUCCGGGAUUUUGGGGGCGGCAUACCACCCGACGUGGAGGAUCGAAUGUUCGACUACAGCUAUACCACCAGCGAGAAAGACGCCAAGGAUACCGGCAUGAGCGCAUACAUCAUUCCCGGCCAGGACGUGUCCAACGUAUCCGGCAUGGGCUUUGGGUUGCCGCUCUGCAAGGCGUACGUCGAGAUGUUUAACGGCGAACUAGACAUCGUCUCGCUAUGGGGCUGGGGCACAGAUGUGUACAUCAGACUGAAAGGGCCCAAGGAAAGCUUACUGGACAGAGUCAAAUAG